CUCACUUUCGAACAAUCUGUCGGGCCAUCGAGUCCCAGGCUGAGCUACGUGCUAACCCAGUUCGUCUGAGGCCCUGGAAAUAGUAAUGCCAAUUGCCGUAUGACACUGCAUAUUGGGAUCUGGCUUUGCUGCCUUUCAGCCGCAACCGAAGAAUUGUUCUCGAAACGCGAUGGUUACGGUAAGAAAAGGCGGUAUUCGAUAGGAUGAACGACCACGAAUACAAUCGUAGCAAGAAGGUAUAAGACGUACAACUCGCCUUACUCAUAUCUCCUUCUCCAUUGAUUCUGCUCGGCCUCAAAGCAUCAUGUCGUCGUUCAUCCUCGUGCUACUCUGCACACUUUACGCGACAUUAGUCGCAGCCAUUCCACAGGCAGUAACUCUUGCUGCAGCACCCGUUCUACCACCAAAGGGCAAAGUCACCUUAACCACCCUCGACGUCGAUCUUGAAGGAAGUGGCUGCAGACCUGGCGAUGCCAGCGUCAUGCUUGCUUCGGACAAUUCCGCCAUGACCGUCAUUUUCGAUAACUUCUCUGCCGCAGACGGACCGAAGAAUGGGGGUGCGAGUACACGCGCGUUCUGCAGGGUGAAUAUCGGCAUGACAUCGCCUGGAUGGGCAUUCGACAUCAGUUCUGCUGAUUUCCGCGGAUACGUGUACAUCGAGAAGGGCGUGAAUGCUAGUUUGGUCAGUCGAUGGAAGUGGAUUGACAAGAAUGGGUUAGAUUUGAAAGGCAAGGGAAACAUCCAGAAGAAAAUAACAGGGCCUUUCGAGGACGACUUCCUCUUACACAAAGACGGCGAAGUGUCGGAUACAGAGGCAUCGGUUUGCCAGAAGAAAGACGCAAGGAUUCAGAUUAGUUUGUCGGCAACUGUGGAUUCUGGAACUUCGAAGAAGAAUGGAUACGUGCAAGGGGGUUCAGCGGAUGCCGCAUUUGGUGAAAUACUGAAUCUUUCGUGGAAGAAGUGCUGAUGUAUGAGUUUAAUUUUAUGGGGUAUCAAUUUAUGGCCAAGAGAGAAAGUUGUCCGCC